AUGAUCAAGCGAAGCAAGAAAAACAUUUGUCCGUGGUUCAAAUUUGUGGAAUCGACCAAUCGAUGGAUCGUCACUGCCGUGGCAGAUUUCGAUGCUUUAGCACACCGGAAGCGCUCCCUAGCAACUCCAGAGGGUAGUAAUUAUAACAUCCGUCUCAGUCAUGUGAAAGGCGGAGUAGUGACUCGGUUACCACCAGAGCCGUCGGGCUUCCUCCGCGUUGGUCAUGCAAAAGCCGCCUUGCUGGUUGAUUUCCUCGCGCGUGGGAAAGGCAAUUGGAAUCUGAUCUGCCCUUUCGAUGUCACCAACCCAUCAGAAGAAUUACAGGAGUUCGAGGAUUCUAUUGUUGAUGAUUUAUAG